UCUAUAAAGUACAUACAUUUGUGUUCGUUUUUCAUGACUGAAUCUAACAAGCUGCAUGUAAAAGAUUUUAAAGUGCCUUUCUGGUCUUUAAGAGUGCGCAAUUAAGGGAUUGCAUUGAUGCAAAGAAGCGCACUGCGGUUCCAGUUCGAAGCCCCAUUGAAGUGAGAGCGAUAUGCGUGAACCUAGACCACUGCCCUGCUGGAGAACAGAACAGAACCUAAAUCAGAGUCCCAGCCCCUUCAAGGGUAGCAUCUCGACCUCCGUGCAAAGAAAACCAGGUGACGGAGCCCGGAAAAUGAGCCUUUGGCGGAACCUGCGCUCGCUGGAGACCCGCAAUCUGGACGUGGCCCUUAGCCAGCGUGAGAACAUAUUGGUGGCUGGCCACCUUCCCUCUGCCAUUUUUCGCGAGCGACUAAGUGCGGCUCAGAAUCUCUACCAGCGCAACCUAACUGGUCACUACGGAUGUGUAAAUGCCCUGGAGUUCAGCUCGGGCGGUCAGUUCCUGGCUUCAGGAGGCGACGACAAGAGGGUUCUACUAUGGAACAUUGACCGCGAGCUUGUAUCCAAGCUCGGAAAACCCCGUUCCAUGAACGAGAAGCAUGCCAGCAACAUCUUCUGCCUGGGAUUUGACACCCAAAACUCAUAUAUUUUUUCCGGGGGCAACGAUGACUUGGUCAUCCAGCAUGACCUAGAAACAGGGAAAAUCCUGAACCACUUUUCGCACGAUGGACCUGUUUAUGGUUUAAGUGUAGACAGGAUCAGUGGCCAUCUCUUAAGCGUGGCCACGGAGCACGGUGAGAUCCUAGUGUACGAUCUAAGGGCAGGAAAGUCCGAACCACUGGCAAUCGCCAAGUUCAAGACGCCCUUUAACGCCGUGGAGUUUCACCCACUUAAUGGUAAUUUUCUGGCCACUGCCAACGCGAAAAGGGGAGCCAUGCUCUGGGAUCUAAGGCACCACCAGCAGGCCCUGUGUCAGUACAACUACAUUCCGGAAUCCCCAAGCUGCAUGAGCGUGCGCUUCAAUUGCAACGGCACCCUUCUGCUCACCCUGCACCGCCGGCUACCGCCUAUCCUGUAUAGUCCUGGAGCCCCCGAGCCGGUGGCCACUUUCUACCACGACGAAUACUUCAACUCUUGCACUAUGAAGAGCUGCACAUUUGCGGGGCCGCAGGACGAGCUGGUGGUCUCAGGCUCGGACAACUUCAACAUGUUUAUCUGGCGGCUGGAAGGAGUGGACUUGGAUGAAAAGAACCAGUGGAUGGAGACUACGCCCGUAAUUCUCGCUGGUCACCGUUCCAUCGUAAACCAGGUGCGAUACAAUCGCGAACGCUGCUUACUCGCCUCCUCUGGCGUGGAGAAGAUCAUUAAGCUGUGGAGUCCCUUUGCCCAGCAGGGCUGGGAGGGAUCCCUUACCCAAGCCGAAGCCCUGCCCUACUGCACACGCGCACUAUAUCGCGAGUCAUCGGAUCAUGUGUCGCAGGACUUCAGUGCCCGCAGCACCGACGAGGACCAGGUAAUGCUGGCCUUCUUUGACACUUUGGUGCAGCACGAGCUUGAGUCCUGGAGCACUGUGGACAAUCAGAACAGCUCCAAAAGCAGCACACACACAUCUACGUGUAGCGAGGCCAGUUCGCCAACUGAAGAGCCCAGCGACGAGGAGGAUCAGGACCCUCAGACUGACCGGAACCAAAACGAAGAAAAUGUGCAAGACCAGGAUAUCGAUACGCCUAACGUCAGCGAACUGAGCUGGCAGACUUAUCCGAACCGUAUCUUCUACCUAAUCGCUAAAAAGCGCCGCUCCUUACUUCAGUUAGCGGUUAGGGGCACUUCUCGACAUCCGCGCAACGUGGACCAGUUGCUCCAGAGGCUCAUUGGCGAACAAAAACAGGCUGCCACGCAGGCGCGCAUCAGCGACUGGCUUGAGGAGACGCAGCGUCUCUUUGGCGACGACGAGCUACCCACCACAUCAGCGGAGGCUGCAGCCCGUGAGCAGCGACGACGAGACGGCGUUCUGCUCUGUCGAAAUCGGAGGACACAAGAAUUUAAAAUAGUUGAAACGCCAAAAUCCAGAAUCACUCAAAGAACACGAAAGCGAAAAUUAAGACAGCUCAUUCAAACCACAAAACACAGAAGAGCGACUGGUCGACCACGCACCACCGAGAUGGACGAGGGCAGCGCCUCAAGCGACACCGGGGCUAGCUACGACUCCGAUGAAGAGGAGACCUCGUCAGGCGACAAUAACAACAACAAUUCCAAUGAAAGGGAAAGCGUCCGAACAGACGAUGAUGGAGACAAUUCCUCCACAACUUCGUUGACCUCUAUGGAGGCCCAGUUUUCUCAGGCUCCCAGCACCUCCAGUUCUUUUCUUUUUCACCAACUGGAGAGCAACAACAACAGCCAGCAUACGUCCAACCAAAAUCACAAAGCCUUGAAUGGACUAAUUCCGGAUAAUUGUAAUACUGAGUCAACAGCAUCCACAUCGUCAUCCAUGUAGGUUGUACCCAUAUGAAAGCAAUGAUUCCGGUUUUAAAUAUCUUGCUAAGCGUAAAUGUGUUUAUAGGAGAAAACACUAUUCACUCUUACUUUUAAUGUCCAGUGAAACACACAUAGCUUAGAUUUCAUAAAAAGUAAUAAUAACAAUGCAGCAUCCAACACUUUUUUCUCGAUUAAGAAAGAAUUUGGCAAAUUAGGUUCUUUAAGCAAUAUUUUUUUUUUUGCGAUCAAAUCGUCUGUUUUAAAAACUGGCAAACUCCAUCUACCCAUUUUUCCUGCGUUUAUACAGAGCUAAGCUCUUUUAAAAUUUGUAUUCAUUUAAUUUUAGCUUUUUACACCUCCAACAAAACAAUUUUUUUUACUUAUUUAUUUUGAAUCGUUUGUUUCCGGUCACUUCAUUUAUUGAUUGUGGAAUUUUCGUAGUGUCUACAAUAAUUUAUAAAUACAUAAAGUCUCAUAAACCAACAGAUAAGGAUUUUUUGCAUAUGCGUGUGCUGAACUUAGAACUGACAUGCACGAAAAUAAAGAUCUUUAAAUAC